AUGUCGAACGAAUCUCAAUCGCAGGACUACCGGCCUCCGAGCAUCUCUGUUGUCGGUAUUGGUCUCCGUUUGCCCGGUGCAAGGGACAAAAAGGAAUACUUCGAGCUUCUCAAAGAAGGCCGAUGUGCCAUCGGCAAGGUCCCUGCUGACCGUUGGAACGCCGAGAACAUGACGCAGGACGGCGGUGUCCCGGGUAAGGUCGUCACUGACCAGGGCGGUUUCGUCGACCCGCACACCGAGAUUGACUCGCUUGAGUUUGGUAUCUCGCCUGCCGAGGCCAAGCAGCUCGACCCCCAUCAACUUGUGCUGGUGGAGUGCGUCUACCAGGCCCUCGAGGACUCGGGUAUCAACUACCGUGGUACUAACACGGGUGUGUACGUCACUGGUUCGCCCGAUGUGCACAACCUCGGCAAGGACAUGUACGACAUGGGUCCGUACAGUGCCACUGGUGCGGCCUUCUCGAUGCAGGCCAACCGUCUGUCGUACCUGUUCGAUCUGCGCGGUCCGUCGAUCUACCUCGAUACGGCCUGCUCGUCGAGUAUCACUUGUCUGCACCUUGCCCGCACCGCCAUUCUUCGCGGUGACUGUGACAUGGCCGUUGUCGCUGCCGUCAACCUGAUUCUGACGCCCGAUGCGUCGCUGUCCUUCUCCACCCUCGGAACUCUGUCCAAGACGGGUCUGUGCCACACCUUUGACGCGUCUGCUGAUGGUUACGUGCGUGGUGAGGGUUGCACGGUCAUUGUCCUGCAGCGCAGCGAGGAGGCCGACCGUCUCGGUAGCCACAUCUACUGUGACAUCACCGGCUCCUUCAUCAAUGCCAACGGUAAAGGCAAGAGUAUCACGCUCCCCGACGGCCCCAGCCAGAAGGCCGCCACCUAUGCCGCCUACAAGGAGGCCAACCGUGACUUUAACGAGACCUGCUACGUUGAGUGCCACGGUACCGGUACCCCUGUCGGUGACCCCAUCGAGGCUAACGCUGUCGGCCAGGUCUUCACGCCCGGCCGCUCGGAUGACGACUAUCUGCGCAUUGGUUCGUCGAAGACCAACGUCGGUCACUUGGAGCCUGCCGCUGGUCUUGUCGGUCUGAUCAAGAACGCCUAUACUCUUGACACGGGUAUGCUCAUGCCCCACCUGCACUUCAAGGACCCCAGCCCGAAGAUCAAGUGGGAUGAGUACAAGAUCCGCGUGCAGACCGACUUCGAGCCCCUGCCCAAGAACAAGCUGAGCAAGGACGGCAAGUUUGUCGUUUCGCUCUCCUCGUUCGGUUUCGGUGGUGCGAACUCGCACACGGUUAUGGAGCGCGUGCCCAGCAAGACCAUCGAGGCCGCCACGCCCCUGACUGCCAACGACCCGAUGCUCGUUGCUGUCGGUGCGCUGUCGAACCGUGCUGUGACUUCGCUCAGCUCCUCGGUGCAGGAGUUCUGGUCGCAGUCCAAGGACCCCCUCACCGCGUCGCUCCUCGCGCGUACCAUGACCGAGCGUGCCCGUGGUAACCCCAACAUGGCCUUUGCCGUUGCUUCGCUCAACGAGCCGCUGCAGUUCUGCGACACCACUGCCACCUCGAGCCCCGACUUCAACCCCAUCAAGGCGUUUGUCUUCUGUGGUCAGGGUCCCCAGCACGAGGACAUGGGUCGCCACUUCUACUCGCGCUUCGAGGCCUUCCGUGAGUCGGUCCACCGCUCGUUCGAGGUGGUGCAGAAGUACCACAGCGGCAGCUUUGUUGACAGCGGUCUCUUCCAGUCGGACAAGGACGCCCACGUCCAGAAGACCGAGUCGGGUGGCUGGACGGUCGAGGCGAUCGUCAUCUCGAUCACCAUCUUCCAGAUCGCCCUGUUCGACCUUUGGGUCUCGCUCGGCAUUGAGCCUGAUGUCGUGAUGGGUCACUCGGUCGGUGAGAUUGCCGCCAUGUACGCCUCUGGCGCCUUCUCGCACGAGAAGGCCAUCCGCACGGCCAUUGCCCGUUCCAACGCCCUUGCCCUUCUCGACAAGGUCGACGGUUCGAUGGCUGCUCUCGGCAUGAGCCGCGAGGAGGCCCAGAAGGUCCUCGAUGAGGUCAAGAAGGAGAACAACACCGACACUGGUCUGUGGGUCUCGGCCUCGAACUCGACCAAGGCCGUUUCGGUCUCGGGUGUGACCAAGAUGAUCGAGGACGUCGUCAAGAAGUGCGAGGCCCAGGGCAUCUUUGCUCGCCAGCUCCGUGUCGGUGGUCCCUACCACUCGGAGAUGGUGUCGCCCUGCAAGGACCCCUUCCUGUCGGAGGUGUACCCCCUGGUCGAUGCUUCGAAGAACGUGCCCACCCGCCGCUUCAUCUCGACUGUGCACGGUAAGAUGCACGACGUCGGCCGCUCGCUCGACGCCGAGUACUGCUGGGACAAUGUCCGUUGCCCCGUGCUCUUCCGUGAGUCGAUCGAGGCUCUCGAGGAGUACCGCAAGGAACAGGACCGUGGUCUGCUGAUUGUCGAGAUUGCGCCCCACUCGGUGCUUGGCUCGUACAUGGACGAGAUCACCCGCUCGAAUGAGGCUGAGCGCACCACCAUCGUGUCGUCGGCCCGCCGCCCCAACUUCAAGAAGGGCGAGACCAAGGAGACCCCUGGUGAGAUCACCGAGUUCCUUACCGCCGUCGGUAAGGCCAUGCAGGCUGGUGAGCGUAACUUCAUUGUGUACAAGCUGUACAGCAACGAGUUCGUUGACCGCCCGCUCGGUAUCAACUCGGUUCUCGGCAAGGACCUGCCCGAGUACCCCUUCCUGCCGCUUCCCAAGCGCCAGACCGAGGUCAGCUUCCCCGAGCACAUCCGCUGCCGUCCCCCGGGUCCGCCCCUGUGCAGUGAGAUGCUCCGCAUCAACGCGCAGACGCACAGCUGGACCAAGGGCCACAAGAUCCGUGGCACGAUCAUUUUCCCUGGCGCAGGUUAUGCCGAGGCUGCUCUCGAGGCCGGUGCACGUACCAUUACCUACAUGAAGAUCCACCGUGCCUUUGUCAUUGAGGAGGAGGGUCAGCCCAAGUACGCCAAGUUCUUGCAGACCGGCAUCAACGGUGGCUGGGAGUUCCGCUCCUCGGGUAAGAACGGUGUGAACGACGGUGGUAUCAUCUUUGACCAACUCCACGCUUCGGGUCAGAUGUCGACCGAGAGCACGCCUCUUGGCCCCAACAACAUCACCGAGGUCUUUGGUGAGAACUGGAUCGACCACUUCGACAUCGUCAUGGACGGUCAGACCUUCUACGACCGCCUGAAGCCCAACGGUUCGCAGCACACGGCCGCUUUCGGUAUGAUCAACGAGGUGCGUGGUUCGACCACCCGUGAGGACGACUACCUUGCGUUCGUCGACGUCCUCCCCGACCUCUGGACGAGCCCCGAGUCGAGGGGCAUGAUCUUCCACCCCGGCCUGCUCGACUCGGCCUUCCUGUGCACGUGGAUUCCCGCGCUGCCCUUCGACGGCUCGAAGCUCGGUGUCGACGCUUUCCUGCCGAACAUGCUCGACAUUCUAACUGUCCGUGCCACGCCUGAGGAGAUCCGCAACGCUAAGCAGCUCGUCCUCUACGUGCAGACGCUUAUCUCGAACGACCAGAACAUCAAGCACAACAUUCUGAUGUUCGAUCGCCAGACGGGCAAGACCCUUGCCUUCCUGCGUGGUCUCGAGUGCACGCGUAUUAAGGACACUGUCAAGGAGCGCGAGGCCUACACCGAGUCGUGGGAGCCCCGCGCCUUCGACUCGCGUGCUUCGAUCGACGAGCUCUACACCCUGCAGCCCGAACUCUCUGCCUCGUUCGCCAAGGACAUCACCGCAAACGACGAGGAGGGCGUCGUUGCCGAGGCCCUCCAGCGCGGCUCCGCCGCCGCUGUGGCCAAGGACGACCUGCAGGACCGCCUCUUUGACCUGCCCGGCGUCUCUGCCGAGGUCUCGGAGAGCCUCGUCAACGCGAUCGAGGGUCUCAUCUCCUCGUCGCAGGAGCAGGAGCCCCGCCGCGUGUUCCGCCUGGCCGAGGUCUACGGCCGUCGCCGUAAGAUCUCGCUGCAGCCCCUCAUCGCCUGGGCGCAGAAGCGUGGCAUCUACGUGGAUCUUGUCCGCCUGAACGUGGCCAACCCGCUGAAGGGCUCGGACGAGUUCUUCACGGGCCCCUACGAUGUCCCCGCUGCCAUUGACGAGUUCCAGCGCACGAUCCCCGCUACGAUCGACGUGAUCGUUGUCAGCGACGUGCUGCGUACCGCCAGCGACGCCAAGGUCGCUGUCGAGGCGAUCAACAACCUUCUUGUCCCUGGCGGUUUCGCGAUCUACGACGAGAUCAACGCCUCGUCGCCGUUCUCCAAGCUCUUCUACUCGGGCAACGCCCCGUCGCUGGAGAGCUUGGGCCUGACGCCGUUCAAGACGUCGAGCCCGACGCUGAGCCUCGCCUACACUCGUCGCGAGGCCACCGCGUGGCCCGCGGUGCCCAACGUGCCGACCAAGGAAGUGGCGAGCAACGGCCUGUUCCGCAAGGUCAACGACCACGUGCUUGCCUACUACCACAAGCCCGACACCGAAUGGGAGGUUGUUGGCGCCGUUAAGGAGGCCUUUGGCGAGAGCCCCAUGGGCCAGCUCUGGAUCCUUGCCGACGACUCGGUCGACGGUGCGCGUGGUGCCGGUCUCGCUGGUACCAUCACCAACGAGAUUCCGACGCUCAGGUCGAUCUUUGUCGGUUUCCCGCCCGAGUACUCGCGUGCGCAGCGUGACGGUCUCCUCGACAUUCUCAUCGAGCACGAUGCUGAGGGCAGCGUGGAGAUCUUCAACAUCAUCCGCAACAACCGCCUAUACGGCCGUCGUCUCGUGAAGCAGGUGCCCAUGCACCCCACCGAGUUUGUCGGUCAGGACUGGGUGCUCGAGCUUACCGAGGGUGUCCCCGCCUCGGUCCAGGCCAUUGCUCCCCACACGCACACGCCGCCGCCGCUGGCCAAGCACGACGUGCAGGUGCAGACCGACGCUGUUGCGCUCAACUUCAAGAACAUUCUCUCGGCCACUGGUCUGCUCCCCGCGACCGACCGUCUGUCCGAGUUUGGUGGUGUUGUGAAGGCCGUCGGCAGCGAGGUCUCCCGUGUCAAGGUCGGUGACCGUGUGAUGGGUACUUCGGGUGGUGUCCGUGAGGGUACCAUUGCGAUUGCUUCCGAGUACGCCAUGACCAAGAUCCCCGACAACAUGAGCAACAAGGAGGCUGCUGCCUACCCUAUUGCUUACGGUACGGUCUGGUUCGGUCUUGUGCACCUUGCCCAGAUCCGCCCUGGCGAGACGAUCCUCAUCCACGCCGCUGCCGGUGGUGUUGGUCUGUGUGCGAUCCAGAUCGCCCAGCGCAAGGGUCUCGAGGUCUUCUGCACGGUGUCGUCGCAGGAGAAGCGCGACUACCUGCACAACAACCUCGGCGUUCCGUACGAGAACAUGGCCAACUCGCGCUCCAUUGCCGAGUGGCAGCAGGGUGGCCGCGACUGGCUCGCCAAGCGCGGCAAGGACGGCUUCGACGUGGUGCUCAACUCGCUCCAGGGUGCCGCCCUCCAGGCCGGUAUCGAGGUGCUUGCCUACCUCGGCCGCUUCGUCGACAUUUCGAAGCGUGACCACCUUGCCGGCAACCCGAUGUCGAUGAGCGGCUUCGCGAAGGCCAUCAACUACAUCGCCGUCGAGCUUGGUCUGCUUGGUGUGCACGCGCCCAACCGUAUGGGUGCUCUGCUCGACGAGAUCGCCGAGGAGCACGCGCGCGAGCCCUUCAAGUGCCUGGUCGGCCACGAGUUCACUGGUGCUGAGGGCCUUGUCGACUCGUACAAGCUCAUGGAGUCUGGCAAGCACAUUGGUAAGAUUGUCACCGACCUCUCUGCCGAGUGCAAGCCCGAUGCGCGCGUGAAGCUCUGGAACGCGUACAAGAUCUACGACCCCAAGAAGACCUACGUGCUGAUUGGUGGUUGCGGUGGUCUCGGCCCCCGUCUUACGCAGUUCCUGAUGUACCUGGGUGCGCGCAACAUUGUGCUCACUGGUCGUCGUGGUCAGAUCUCGCGUUCGGACCGUCUCGCUCUCGAGCGUCUGGUGCGUGACCCCAGCUUCCCCGACGUCACCAUCAAGGUGAUGGCUGCCGAUGCGCUCAAGCCCGAGGCGAUGCAGGACGUGUUUGACACGGCCAACAGCCUGGGCCCGAUCGGUGGUGUCUUCCUCAUGUCGGUUGUCCUCCGCGACGACCAGUUCAUGCAGAUGGACAAGGAGAAGUUUGACACGGUCGUGCAGUCCAAGAUUGGUGCCCUGAACGUGAUCCGCGAUUUGAUCGACAUCAACAAGCUCGACUUCCUGUUCCUCUUCUCCUCGACCGCGGCGCUGUUCUACAACCCCGGUCAGGCGAACUACAACGCGGCACAGGCCUACUUCAACCGCUUCGCGAUGGAGAGCAAGAACGUCAUCUCGUACGCCGUGCCUGCCAUUUCGGACAUUGGUGUGUAUGCCCAGAUGCGUUCGAAGUCGAACAACGCUGCGCUGAAGAUCAUGGACGCGCUUGCGUGCAACUCGCGUGAGCUGUGUACGUCGAUCGCCCAGUCGAUUGGCCGUCUGACCAUGGGCGAGACCAACCACGCUGGCUACUUUAUCCAGCCCAUGGACUGGAAGGUGAUGUACGAGAUCUCGCCGGCCAACAUCUGGUCGAUCUCGCACCUGGUCGAGCACUUUGACGACGCCGACAACGACGGCGCCGACGACGAUGCGGCUGCUGACCCCGUCGGCACGCUGCUCGGCAAGCUGCUCAACGUCGACAUCGAGACGGUGGACGACACCAUGUUCCUGUCCACUCUUGGUCUUGACUCGCUCUCGGCCUCGAAGCUGAGCGCGAUCCUCAUGAGCGAGUUCGGUGCGACGGUCACCCAGCUGCAGCUGCUCGGCCCCGUGUCGGUGGCUGCGCUGCGCCAGAUUGUCGCCGAUGCGACCGCCGGUGGCGAGGAGGGUGAGGCGCCCAAGGAGGCUGCCGCCCCCGCCAAGAAGGCGGCCGCGGCCCCCGCCAAGGUCAAUACCGCUCCUCUUACGACGUUUGACUAUGCUGCGGAGGUGGACAAGCUCGACGACCUGCCCAAGACCGUGACGCACCUCGAGGCCUUUGACGCGUCGAAGCUCGAGCCUGGUGUCGCCCAGGAGGUGCUCGUUACCGGUGCCACUGGUUUCCUGGGCAGCAGCGCGCUGGAGGCGGUGCUCGAGGCCUUCCCCAAGGCCCACGUCACUGCGCUUGUCCGCGGCACUCCCGAGGAGGGCAUGCAGCGCAUCAAGGACAUGGCCACGAAGCGCGAGCUCAAGUCGCUCAAGCACCUCAACCGCGUGUCGGCGGUGUCGGGUGACGUGACGGAGCCGCACCUUGGCCUGUCUGACGAGGACUGGACUCGCCUCGCUGCGAGCGUGGACCUGAUUGUGCACGCCAGCGGCAAGGCCGACCACCUGAUCGGUUACCAGGGCAUUGCCCCGGUCAACACCUACUCGACGCGCGAGGUGCUGCGCCUUGCGUCCGAGAAGAAGAUCAAGGCUGUGGCGAACAUUGGUUCGACCAACAUGUGGCUCAGCUUCUCGGCAGAGCCCAAGACGAACGAGGUUGUCCCCGAGAACCUAGACCUGAACACACUCAAGACCGGUCUCUUCAACGGCUACUCGCAGUCCAAGUGGGUUUCGGAGAUGCUGUGCAAGCGCAUGAACGAGCGUGGUGUGCCCGCAGUGACGGUCCGCCCUGGUGUCCUGGGUGGUAGCGCUUCGUCCAAGUACAUCCCCAACCCCGACAGUUUCCUCUGGCGCAUGUUCCAAGGCUGCGCCCAGAUGGGUCUCGCGCCCGAGUCCAAGAGCGUCUUUACCGAGACGCCCUCUGACUGGUUCUCGGAGAUUUUCGGCAAGCUUGUGUCGACCCCCCGCACCUGGCUGAGCAACCACAACGUGUUCCACAUCCGCAACGAGGCGCCGCUCGACCCGUCGCAGAUCCCUGCGCCGGAAGGCACGACGCCCGCCGAGGUGGUGCCGUACGACGAGUGGGUCGAGGCCUUCCAGAAGGAGGCUUCGAAGCCCGACUCGACCAACCCCCUUGCUCCCCUUCGCGCCUUUGUCGCCAAGGGCGAGUUUGCGCAGCUGCCCCAGUUUGAUCACAGCAACACCAAGGAGGUCCUCGGUGAGCAGUGGACGGAGGCCCCUGCCUACCGCUUCCAGCUCUAA